AUGUUUGCAGCCGCUGAGAAGGGCAAACUGAACGUGGUCAAGUGGCUGUACGAGAAGUACUCAGACAAAUGUACAACAGUGGCAAUGGACGCGGCUGCAGAAGCUGGACAGCUCGAGACUGUUAAAUGGCUGUACUUCAACCGAACCGAAGGCUGCACUAUUGCUGCGAUGGAUCGCGCUGCCGCUUGCGGUCAUUUUGAAGUGGUGAAGUGGCUGCAUUUCAAUCGCUCGGAAGGAUGCACAACCUUCGCCAUUGACAGGGUCGGUCAAAGACAAUUCGACUUGCAAAUACGCUCUAGUAGGGUCGCGUGCAAGACUCCUGCUGCCGUUCACGAUAACCAACUCGCGAUUGUGCAAUGGCUGCACGCCAACCGCUCGGAGGGUUUUACGCGGCUGGCAGUGGAGGGGUUAGCGCUCACUGGAAACCUGAAGUUGCUACAGUGGCUUCACGACAAUUCAAAUGCGCGCUGCUCGAAACGAGCAAUGGACUUCGUAGCUGGGUCGGGUGAUCUGGGGGUCGUGAAAUGGCUACAUGUACAUGGUACUGAGGGCUGCACAUAA